ACCUUCAGUAACCAAAAGGCAGCAGUAUUCAAUUGAUCAUGUGGCUACAACUUAUUUUUUCGCUGUUGCUGGCUCAAUGUCUUUUGGCUUUGCCAGCACGGAAAUCAGAUGAAACUUGGAGUGUGGAAAAGGCAUGCAGUGAAGUUACAAAAUCCACUUCACUUAAAAACCAGGAUGAUCCAACCUGUAGCAGCUUUCUUUAUUGUUAUGUAUCCAGUGGAUCAGCUACUCCGUUGAUUAAGAAUUGCAAGCCAAACGAAUAUUUUGAUUCGACCACACAGAUCUGCAGUUCCAAAGUUCCGAACGAAUGUUCUGGAGGGGAAAUAGAGCCAACAGAACCACCAGUAAAGAAGACAACCACUGAAACAAACGAAGAAAGCUGCCAAGAUGUUAUACAGUCCACCCCAAUGCGAAAUAAAAAUGAUCCCACCUGCAUCAGCUUUGUUUAUUGUUAUGUAACUAAAGGAUCAGCCACUGCGAUGAUAAAGAAUUGCAGGGCAAACGAGUAUUAUGACUCCAUUUCAAAGGUCUGCAGCCCCACCAAACCUGAUGAUUGUAUCUAAUUUUUUCAAUUCUAAGAAUCCAAUUGUUUUGCUUGUUCUUAUUAAAUGAUGUCAAUAAGAGAGUAGUAAUCUUGAUAGCAUUUUCACAAAUUGCGAAGAUAAGAACUUUAUGGGUGGUUAAUGUUUUUAAUAGGCCAAAUAUGUUUCAAUUGAUUAGGUGGCUGAUACGGAGCUUUUCGUGAAAAAAACAGAUAAUUUUAACU